AUGUCCCUUUGCGGCGAACUGAAAAGCGAUGCCAUCACCCGCAGACAAAAUGACUUGACGAAUUGCGCCCGGGGCCAUCGCGACAAUUUGCGGGCGUUGUUGGCUGUACACGCCAUCGUCAAGAAUAAUACCUCGCCUUCAUUACUUCAAAAUGCCAGUUUCGACGCCACGCCCUCGUUGAAGAGCGAGAUUGAAUUUUUGGACGAAUAUGAUCUUUCCCGCGGCCGGAUUUUCGAUGCCACCAAACUCACAAUUCCCUUUCAUCCUGCACCUCUUCACAACCAACGAGAAGCAUCUUUGAUUGCGUCAAAUCCCAGCAAGAUUGUGUCCGCCGGCGCUGAUCAAUCUGCGCCUGUUACCAAACAUGGCGAUGCUGCUGCUACCCCUACAAACAAAUCCGAUGCGCUUUCGAAUGCACACGCGCCCCCUCGCAGCCGCGAACAUGGCAACAUCGACAGUGCUGUCAAACCUGGCGCAGAGCGUACUUCCUCCCUGGCUGGCAACGAUUCGAUGUCCACCUCGUCAAAAGCGAUCAACACCGCGCUCUUGAAUGGAGACAAAGCUUCUCCUGCUGGACCGACUAUUCAACAGGCUAUUCCUUCAGCCCCGGCCAAAGUUGUCCAUCUUCCUAAUGAGCAGGCUCAAGAGGAGAGUCUGCGGCAGCGCAAAGCUGCCGAGGCUCGACUUCAAGCUGCGCCAUCCGAGGUCACUGCACUGCAUCACUCCCCGAGGCCACCGACUCACGCCUCGGCCGACGCGCCCUCUUCCCCAUCGUCGACGGUUGGCCCGCAGUCGGCAGCAACACCUCGACCGCUUGAAGAAUCGCCCGACACAUCUCCAGAUUCAGAACGACCUGAAGUUGAUGAAGUCCUGCCCCCACCUGAGUUACGGCCUUCUCCGGAGGAGCGUCGUGCUAAAGAACAGCAUGACCGGCUGCACGUAGCGCAGAUGGAACUCGCUAGGAAGCAGGCACUCGGGGACGUCAACACGCCAGAUGAUCAGCUUAAAUGGGAGGAACAGGCAGCAGCUGCACGAGAGGCAGGUGAGACGGCUGGGUCCCGGGAUCGGAGCUUUGAUGAGCAGAGCGCGCAAGAGAAAGUGACAUCCAAGGCAAAAGAAGGAGGCGGCUCCUCUACAGACGUCGAUAGGAGUACUGACCGGAAAUUGCCUGCUCCUGGAUCUUUGGCGCGUCAGACGCACACAGCACUACAGAACAAGGAUGCUCAUCCCACCGUCACUCCAAUUCGAGAAGGUAAAGGCAAUUCUCAAGAUGAUCAACCUGCAGCGGUACAACAAGGAGAAACUUUGCGACAACUCGAGCAUGCACGUCACGACUCCGAUACCAUUGUAGUAACCCCACGUAUGCGUUCGGGCAAAUCUGAAAGUCCUGAUCGUGUGCGGACUGGCCAGCACAAGUCGACUCCAGCAUUGCUCUCCCUUGCAAAACAUACGAGCGCAUCCGAUGCCAAGCACCCGCGUCUCGAGCCGAAGGUCGGCAGUUUCGUCAGCGCAAGUGCUGCGAUGCUAGACGUCUCGUCGCAAUCUCUCGUGGGGAGGAAACAGCGGCCUAGAUUGGAGCUCAGCACCGCAUCACCUUCUCUAUCUUCCUCUGUACUAAGAGCUCUCGCUCCCAGGUCCCAACUACAGCCUCGCGCUUCAGCUGGUAGCGAUGCUGCAGCUGCAUUAGAACAAUUAAACGCUCUGAAGGGUGCUGCAGGUGACCCUGAGAAAGACUAUCUCGAACCCCUCUUCCGGAUACAGGCCCACGACUCUCCAAAUAACGCCCUUUCAAAAUCGCUCCCGGAUCUUGUCAGAAUGGCACACAAGGCUUUAUCCACAGAAGAUCAUAUGACGACCCUCCACGAACGGGUGGACUUCCGGAUGUUACGGCGCAUCUACCAACUACAAAAUGCCAACAAGUGGUCACUUCGGCAGAUGGAAAAAACCAAGGAGAUCGAGGUGCCCAUGUCUCAUCAUGACUACCUGAUGGCGGAAAUGAAGACGAUGCGUCGCGACUUCCAGGCCGAGCGCAAGAUGAAAAAGAGUGUAUGUGCUUGGCUCGCUCAACGAUGCGCCCAGUGGGUCGGCGCACCACCAGAAGAGAGGCUCAAACUUCAAGUGAGACGAAAACAACGCCCUUGCGAACAAGACUCGGAACAGGGCGACGACCAGAUCCCCGAGCUUGAUCAAGCCGGAGAAUCCGCAAACGAGGACGAUGUCAGCCCACCAACACCUCGGGAGCUGCUCGACGUGUCAGGCACCUUGAUUGUCUCCCCUGACCUUCUCGUCCCGGUCCGAGAAUUAAGCCAUGCUGGCAAGCUCGAGAAGGUUUUGGGGAGUCUGCCUCGGGUUGGCAUUGCACACUGGUCAUCGCAGCCCAAACCUCUCGACAUGGUCCCAGUAUCGAAAUUCGUCGAGGGACGGGUUCUCCCUUCAGCAAAGGCGCCCACCAGGAAACGAAGUAGAUACUCUUAUAUUGACGAAGAAGAGGUGCUGCAAGCUCAACCAGCUCUCAAGCGCAGACGUGCCGAGGUUCUCCGAGAGACGAUAGUUUCGGAAUGUGCACUUUUCGAUCCCGAGAACAAGCAAAUGCGCGAACGUAUUCGGUCGAGCACUUCUUUCAGACCACCCCUCGACAUUUUGAUGCCGUCGACAUCAUUUUAUGAGAAUCGCAAUGGCUCUCAGUGGACUUGGGAGGACGAUCAAAGAGUGCGCAGUUUGGCCAAAGAAUACACCUUCAAUUGGUCUCUCAUUGCCGACGAGCUCACGAUCCCUGGAUGUUAUAAAAGCUCGUAUGAUCGGAGAACGCCAUGGGAGUGCUUCGAACGCUGGGUGGAAUUGGAAUCGCUGCCGGCAGAAAUGCGGAAGACUCCUUAUUUCAAGACAUGGUUCCAGCGGCUGGAGACCAGCGCGCAGACAGCUGAGCGGAGAUACCAGGCACAAGUGGCGCUCUUGCAACAACAAGCGCAACAGAAUAGCACGACACCGCGCGAGCUGCCACGGCGAAAAUUGACACCAAACAGAGUUGAAAAGCGAAAGGGUGCCCGGUACCUUUGGAUUGUUGAUGGUUGUCGCAAGAUUGCCAAGAAGCGGGAACAGCAGGCAUGGAAGGUCGCUGAGGCUGCUCGCACAGCGGCCCAGCGCAAGACCCAGCCUGAUCCGAACCCACAAAGACAACUCCUCACGCCUCAGGAGAUCAGCAAGAAGCGGCACCAGCAAGAUCUGGCAACUCAGGCAGCUUUGAGAGAACAGCGACAAAAGUUCCAUGAGCAGCAGCAGCGGAUGCUGCAAGCCCGUCUUGUUCAACAACAGCAACAACAUCAACAACAGCAGGCACAACAGCAGAUGCAGCAGCAGGCCCAACAGGGCUCCCAUCAUAUGCAAGCGCAGCAGAUCACAAACAACCAGGGCCCGCCGCAACAACAGCAUCUGCGGCAGCAACCCGGCACACCUAAUAUGCUCGCCCAACAAGCUCAGAUGCAGGCCAACGGGCAGCAGUUAGUCAAUAUGAAUGGCCAGACCAUGCAGCAUCCACAGCAGCAAGGUCGACAGCCCAUGCCGAUCGGCGCUCAGAAUGGCUACCGGGUGAUGCCGGAAAACCGACAGCAUAUGAACGGUCCGGCGCAGCUACAGCAGCAGCAGGCUCGUGCGGCGAUGGCUCAACACGGCAACCUGCAACAGCAGAUGGCCCAUGCCCAGGCGCGAAAUGCUCAAUUUGCUGGUCAAUCUUUGCAGAUGGCUAGCCCAGGCGGGCGAACUCCUCAGCAGCAUCAGCAGCAGCAGCAAGCCAUACUAGCUGCGUUUAAUGCGCAACAACAACAACAGCAGCAGGCUGCUCAAGCUGCCAACGCCAACAAUCAGCAUGUCACAAAUGGAACUCCGAACGUAAGUGGCCAGCAGCAACAAAUGGCUUCGGCGUCGCCAAGUAUGCCUCCGCCUCCCACUCCGCAACAACAGCAGCAUCUCCCUCAACAACUGUCAUCUGGCCACAUCCCGCAGAUCAUUCAGUUGAAGAAUCAGCUUCGUGCCAGCAAUCCGAAUCUCUCCGAUGAUCAGUUGACUCAGCUCGCAACACAGCAGAUGCAGAUCAAAAGUCAGCAGCAACAAGCACAACACCAGCAGCAGCCAAGCAGCUUGCAACAGCAACAAGCUCGACAAAGUGCUAUGAAUGCUGCUGCCGGAAUCACCACCACGCCCACAGCUACAGGGCAACCAGCUUACGGACAACCAAAGCAUAGUCCUGCACCUCAGCCAAACGCUUACACACCAAACAUGGCACAAAUGGCAAACGGCACGGGCGCGAACGGCAUGUACAAUCUCGCCAAUGGCGACAGCAACAAUGCUGGCGGUCAGCAACAAGCUCUCGGUCAGCAGCAUGCAGCGAUUAGCCCUGCCGUCAUGGCUGCUGCUGCUCAAGCGGCCGCGGCGGCAUCUGCGAACGGCUCGCCGUCUCAAGCGCAAACACAAGCCUACGCGCAGAAAAUGUGGCAGCGCCAAAUGGCCCAGAUGCAGCAACGUCAACAAGCUCAGCAGCAGCAGCAGCAACAGCAGCCCCCGCAGCAAAGUCCUCAUCAAAGCCAUGCCAGUCCGAACGUUGUUCAUGCCCGACUUGCAGCCAGCAACGGAAACAGCCCCGGUGGCAUGCAAGCCAGUCCAAACAUUGCUCACGCUCGCCUUGCUGCAAACACCAAUGGCAACAACAGUCCUGUUGUUGCCCAUGCCAGCCCCAACAUUGCGCAAGCCCGCCUGGCUGGCGGCGCUGGUAACAAUGGAAGCAGCCCGAGCAUUGCGCAUGCAAGCCCGAGCAUGACGCCUGUCAGUCCCGCCGCGAUUGCGCAGAUGGGUAGCCCCUAUCCAGUCGGUGCAGCGACGCCGACUCAGGGUCAGCAACGACCGACAAGCCGCAGUGCCACAACGGCGCCCCAGAUGCAAAGACUGGGCAGCUCAAGCAGCAUGCAAGGUGUCUUGCAGGGUAGUCCCAGAGGCAUGCCCAGUCCUGGUCCUGCUGGUGUAAUUGGUCAGAAUAGCCCCAGGACUGUGCAAGCCAGCAUGGCGAGAUAG